UCAUAGUGUACUCUUAUUCGUGUACGCGUUGCGUACCUAUUUUCUAACUCAUCUGAGCAGUGGUGAGCACCAAUGGUGAGCACAUGUAACUAUGCAUGCCAAUCCAACUGGAGGGAAAGGAAAGUGCCUAUGUGCUUGAAGUUACUUUAUUAGUUAAAAGACUGUUGUGAUUCAUUGAAAUGUUGGUGUACUAUCGUUUUCCUGGGCUUUCCCACUCAUCCACAGAAGAAUGUUUGAAAAAAUUACAAAACAUCUCUCCACAUGUUACGAGAGUGCUAACAGAAACAUGCUUUUACAUCGACAUGCACGAUGGCUCGCGAUUAUCUGAUAAAGACGAAGAGAAACUUUGUUGGAUAUUAUCGGCUUCUUUUGAUGAAGAAAACCUUGCUAAAAGUUCUUUUCUUUCUGGAACACUAGCCCAAAAUUCAUGUCAAUUUACAAUUUUGGAAAUAGGCCCUCGGUUAAAUUUUCAAACUUCUUGGUCGACAAAUGCUGUGUCCGUAUGCCAUUCUAUAGGGUUAGAGCAAGUCAAACGUAUUGAGAAGUGUCUUAGAUAUUUGAUAGAAGUGAAAUAUGAGGACAGUGCUGCUUCCAAUCUUAAUUGUAAUUCUGAAUUGAAGAAGUCAUUUGCAAAUGUCCUUCAUGAUCAAAUGACCCAAUUUGUUUAUCAGGAACCACUGAAAACGUUUGAUGUUAAUAUAAAUCCAGAUGAAUUCUUUGAAGUAGAUGUAAUGUCUCGAGGCAUAUCAGCUUUGGAAGAGGUCAACCAGGAUUUAGGCUUGGCCUUUGAUCAAUGGGAUUUACAUUAUUACAACAAAGUGUUUACUGAAAAGUUAAAAAGAAAUCCAACUAGUGUUGAAUGCUUUGAUUUGGCUCAGUCAAACAGUGAACAUUCACGACAUUGGUUUUUUAAAGGAAAGAUGAUAAUUGAUGGAAAAGAAAUUGAGAAAUCUAUGAUGGAAAUAAUUGAAAAUACUGCUCUAUUUUCAAAUAAUAAUAGCAUCAUAAGAUUAUCAGAUAACAGUAGUGCUAUUAAAGGUUUUAACGUUCCUGCAAUAUUUCCAAAUGAUACAUCUGAAGCAAGUUCUCUGAAGUUGGAAGAUUCAUUACGUCACAUUGUCUUUACAGCUGAAACUCAUAACUUUCCUACUGGUGUUGCACCAUUUCCUGGUGCUACUACUGGGACAGGGGGGCGAAUACGAGAUGUACAAGCUGCAGGAACUGGUGCAAAUGUUGUGGCUGGUACUGCUGGUUACUGUUUUGGAAACUUAAAUAUUCCAGGAUAUAAAUUACCUUGGGAAUCAAAUGAUUGGAUAUAUCCCACAAAUUUUGCAUCUGCUUUGGAAAUAGCAGUUGAGGCAAGUAAUGGUGCUUCAGAUUAUGGAAACAAGUUUGGUGAACCUGUUUUGGCAGGUUUUUCUCGUUCAUUUGGUAUGCUUCUACCAAAUAUGGAGCGAAGGGAAUGGAUCAAACCAAUCAUGUUUAGUGGUGGUAUUGGAUCAAUUGAUGAAAGGCAUGUUAUGAAAAAACCUUCUGAAAUAGGUAUGAGUGUUGUUAAAAUUGGUGGUCCUAUCUACCGUAUUGGUGUUGGUGGUGGUUCUGCGUCAUCCAUACAAAUACAAGGUGAUAAUUCAACUGAUCUGGAUUUUGGUGCUGUACAGAGAGGUGAUGCUGAAAUGGAACAGAAGUUGAAUCGAGCUAUUCGAGCUUGUGUCGAGAUGAAAGAAAAUAAUCCAAUCUGUAGCAUUCAUGAUCAAGGAGCUGGAGGAAAUGGCAAUGUUUUAAAAGAGCUAGUUGAACCAAAUGGAGCGAUUAUUUAUGCUAAAGCAUUUAAGCUUGGUGAUCCAACGAUAUCAACACUUGAACUUUGGGGAGCCGAGUACCAAGAGAGUAACGCAUUACUUGUGAAAGAACAUAAUGAGUUACUUCGAAAGAUUUGUGAAAGAGAAAAAGUUGAUGUUUGUUUUGUCGGAACUAUAACUGGUGACGGUAAAAUAGUGUUAAAAGAUAAUUGUGGGAGCGAGGGCAAAAUAAACGGUAGCAUGAAUGGUUUUUCUCCUAAGAAAAAAAAGAAACGAGAUCCUGUUGAUAUUGAACUUGAUGUUGUGUUAGGUAAAAUGCCCAGAAAGGAGUUCAAAAUGAAACGUGUAAAAGUCACUUUGAAACCUUUGGAGCUUGAUGCAACAUUGACAGUCAUAGAAGCUUUGGAGCGUGUUUUAAGGCUACCAUCAGUUGCAAGCAAACGAUAUUUAACAAACAAGGUUGAUCGAAGCGUGACUGGCUUAGUUGCUCAACAGCAAUGUGUUGGUCCUCUUCAUACUCCAGUUGCUGAUGUUGCUGUGACCUCACUAAGUUAUCAUGACACUGUUGGUGCUGCCACUGCUAUUGGUGAACAACCAAUUAAAAUGCUUAUCGAUCCCUGCGCUGGUGCCCGUAUGUCAUUAGGUGAAGCUUUGACAAAUUUGGUUUUUGCUCAAAUUUCGGAAUUGAAGGAUGUGAAAUGUAGUGCGAACUGGAUGUGGCCAGCAAAACUCCCGGGUGAAGGUGCCGCAUUAUAUGAUGCUUGCAAGGCUGUUUGUGACGCCUUGACGAAAUUAGGUGUUUCUAUUGAUGGUGGUAAAGAUUCCUUAAGCAUGGCUGCUAGACUUGGUGAAGAAACUGUUAAAUCCCCAGGAUCUCUAGUGGUCUCAGUAUACGCUCCCUGUCCUGAUAUUAAAAACAUUGUAACACCAGAUAUUAAGCAUCAUGAUAGAAAAGGAGCUUUACUUUAUGUAAAGUUAGAUAAGCAGUAUAGCCGACUUGGAGGGAGUGCACUGGCUCAGGUGUUUAUGCAGGUUGGAGAUGAAUCUCCUGACCUCGAUAAUCUGGAGAAAUUUUCCAAAUGUUUCGCUGUAACACAAGAUCUCAUAGCCAAACGAUUGAUUAUAUCUGGUCACGAUGUCAGCGAUGGCGGUCUAGUAACCACACUACUGGAAAUGGCAUUUGCUGGAAACUGCGGUCUAAACAUUAGUAUCGACUCUAGUCACUUAACACAAUGUAGCAAAGAUGAAAAUAUUGCUUUAAAUCUUCUUUUUGCUGAAGAACUUGGUUUUGUGCUUGAGGUAUCUGAAAAUAAUGUAAACUGUAUUUGUGAAGCUUACGUGAAUGCUGAUGUUGUUUGUGAGCAAAUUGGUAGAACAACAACUGCUAAUGAUUCUGACGUCACCAUUACAAUUACAAUUGAUGAUUGUGUUGUAUUGGAGGAAAAGAUGACGUCACUUCGAGAUAUUUGGGAAGAUACCAGUUUCCAACUUGCACGAUAUCAAUCUAAUCCAAAGUGCGUGGAUGUUGAACAGAAAAAUCUCAGCAAGAGAAAAGCACCUCCAUAUUAUUUAUCUUUCAUCCCUACAGAAACACCGCAAAGAAAUAAGAGUGAGAGAAACCCACCCAAAGUUGCCGUCAUUCGUGAAGAAGGAAGCAAUGGUGAUCGUGAAAUGUCUGCUUGUUUGAUGCAAACUGGAUUUGAAGCGUGGGAUGUUAACAUGAAGGAUAUUUGCUCUGGUCAGGUGACGUUAGAAAAUUUUCAAGGUGUAGUUUUUGUGGGUGGUUUCAGUUUUGCUGAUGUCUUGAGUUCUGCCAAAGGCUGGGCCGCAGUCUCGUUGUUUAAUGAAAAAUGUCAGAAAGAAUUUUCUGCCUUUCUUAAACGGAAAGACACGUUUAGUCUUGGUGUUUGUAACGGCUGUCAGUUAAUGGCAAUCCUUGGUUGGGUAGGAAAAGAUUUGAUGGCGGAUAGCGAGUAUGAGCAGGGAACUUGUUUUACUCAUAACGAUUCAGAAUGUUUUGAAUCGCGUUUCGUUACCGUGAAGAUUGAGGAAAGCGUCUCAAUAAUGCUCCGUGGUAUGGAAGGAUCGAUCAUGGGUGUUUGGGUAUCACAUGGAGAAGGAAAAGCACAAUUUAAAAAUGAUCAGGUACUCGCUGAUAUCUUGCAACGUAAUCUGGCUCCUAUACGGUAUGUUGAUGACAAUGGUAAAGUGACCAUGGAAUACCCCCUUAAUCCUAAUGGAUCCCCUUGUGGUAUUGCUGCCUUGUGUUCAGAUGAUGGCCGUCAUCUUGCUUUAAUGCCACACCCAGAGCGAUGCACCAAUCUCUGGCAGUGGGCGUGGAUGCCUCAGGAAUGGAGAUCCUUAGAGUCUUCACCGUGGUUGAGAAUGUUUCAAAAUGCAUACGAGUGGUGCAUAAAAACAUAAUUUUAAUUUUGAACACAUAUAUCUGAAACAUUUGAGAAUGGCUGAUAUUUGAAACAUUUCAAAUUAUUGCAAUCAUUGCGAUAAUAUAAUCUAUUUUAGUGCACAAUGUCAAAACCAAAAUAAUCGAAUGACAUUAUUUAUCCUCUUCACCCUGUUAGUAAGAAUUGUCUUUUUCUCUUACUGACAGUCUAUUAUUUGUGUGACAUUGAUAUUUUUCUUAUAACCAGAACAUUGAGAUAGACUUCCUAGUGAUUAAAAAAUGAUCAUCUUGA